UGGAGGCAUCUACCCAGGACCAGGGGUCUCUAUAGACAAGGAAAUAGAAAUGGACAGUAUUCGACCUGGAGCCUCAAAAGAAUCAAAAAUGAGGCUGGGCAAACCAGAAGAAACAAGCGAAGGUGGCACCAAUGCCCCGGCCAAAGGGAAAGUGUUUGAUUCUUUGGUAAACAACACACUCAGCAAACUCAGAGAGGAGCCUGUGGUCCUCCAGCAGAGCCAGCGGAGUGAUGACCUUCCCAGCUCCUCAGCAGAUAUCAUCCAACCCAAGCAAAGCAGUGCUCCCAAACCUGCAGCAAAACCCAUCCAGUCCAAGCAGGGUGAUAAUCCCAAACUCCUGACUAAACCACUCGUGCCCAAGCAGGGAGGGAGCCCCAAGCCCUCAGUAAAAGCCAUCCAGCUCAAGCGAGAUGACAGCCCCAAGCCCUCAGUGAAACCCACCCAGCUUAAGCAAGAUGACAGCUCCAAGCCUUCAGUGAAACCCACCCAGUUCAGGGUGGGCAACAGCUCCAACCCUUUACCAAAAUCCAUCCAGCCUAAAGAAGAUGACAUUCCCAAACUGUCAACAAGACCCAUCCAACCCAAAGAAAGUGACAUUCCCAAACCGUCAACAAGACCCAUCCAACCCAAAGAAAGUGACAUUCCCAAACUGUCAACAAGACCCAUCCAACCCAAAGAAAGUGACAUUCCAAAACUGCCUACAAGACCCAUCCAGCCUAAAGAAAGUGAUAUUCCAAAACUGUCAACAAGAGCCAUCCAACCCAAAGAAAGUGACAUUCCCAAACUGUCAACAAAACCCAUCCAGCCCAAGGAAGGUGACAUCCCCAAACUGCCUACAAGACCCGUCCAGCCCGGGGAAAGUAGCAUCCCUAUACUCUCAACAAAACCCAUUCAGGCCAAGGAAGACGCCAUCUCCAAAUCUUCUGUAGAAGCCAUGCCACUAAAGGAGGGAGCCAUCCCCAAGUUCUCAGAGGAAACCACCUACUCCAAGCAAAGAGCCACUCCUGAGUCUUCAAAAGAAAGCAUCCGCUCCAAGGAGGAAGCCAACCCCAAGAUCUCAGAAGAAGAAGGUAUCUCUGCCAAGAUAGGAGCCAUCGUUAAGCCUUCAGGAGAAAUCAAGGAAGGGACUACCCUGAAGCUCUCAAAAGAAGGCAUUCCCUCCAAGGAAGGCAUUCCCUCCAAAGAAGGCAUCACCCCUGGGGUCUCAAAAGAAGGCAUCCCCUCCAAGGAAGGCAUCACCCCUGGGGCCUCAAAAGAAGGCAUCCCCUCCAAGGAAGGCAUCCCCUCCAAGGAAGGCAUCACCCCUGAGGCCUCAAAAGAAGGCACCCCCUCCAAGGUAGGCACCACCUCUGAGCCUCCAGCUGACACCACGGAGCCCAAGGAAGACACCACCCCCAAGUCCAGACCAGAACCUCACCUCUUUCAGAAGCCGGCCACCUUCACUUUCUCAGAAGACAGCAUCCAGCUGGAGGAGGAGAGUAUCCUGAAGCUUCAGGAGGAGAUACAGACCAUCCAUGCCAUCCAUGCAGACCUGGUGAAAGUGAUCCUGAGCAAGGAGGACUUUGAGGCCUCACUCAGGGAGGCUGGGGAAAGGCUGGUGGCUGUGGACUUCUCAGCCAUGUGGUGCGGGCCAUGCAGGGCCAUUAGGCCCCACUUCCAUUCCCUGUCUCUGGAGCAUGAUGACGUGGUAUUCCUUGAAGUGGACGCUGAUGACUGUGAGGAGAUCAUAAAGGACUGUGAGAUCACCUGCCUCCCAACCUUUCAGUUUUAUAAACAAGAGAAAAAGGUGGGCGAGUUUAGUGGUGCCCUUGUAGAAAAACUUGAAGCCACCAUUAAUGAAUUAAAGUAAUCGUAUACUCUUUAAA